AUGGAGCGAUUCCCUUUUCCCAGGUGAGCGCCGACUCAUUUCGCUUCAAUAUUGAGGAAUGCUAUCGAUCUCUUUACGCUUUCAUUGCCUUUCGCCCGACAUGUUUUGCAUGGCGUUUAGUCAUGCAAAACCUCCACGAAACAUCCACGCAGCGCGCGAGGUAACUUUAUCCCGAUUCUAAAAAUAACUCAAGACAAAUUACCUAUGGAAUGGGGUGCGUAUGGGGGAUGCCUUCUCCUUCUCUUUUAUCCUCUCUUGUUCAUAUUUAUUCUCUGGUAUUCCUCAGAUAUAUGAACUUGGGAUCAUAGUUUGACUAGAACCUGAGUAUGAGACGCCUUGCGGUUCCUACAAAGUUGGAGACAUUCAUUACUACCCUCCGCACAGGGCGCAAAGCGCGAAUGAAAACACAGCGACAUAUAUGGAGUGUUACUCUUGCUGGGUGCCUAAUGGACACAAUGGACCAGCGCUUGCUUUAUUGACAAGAUAUCUUAGCAAUACAGUCCAACAAUACAAAUGAUCUUAAAAGUAAUAUCAAAAAAUGACAGAAAUAAUAUAAUUUCUACAUAACCGAACAUUUAAAUAAUAUGGAACGCGACAGAAAGUAGAAUCAAAGGAAUGAUACACUACCCGGUACGAAAACCCGGAAUAAAAAACCCAUUGGGACAAAAAAAAAACCGGGAACGUACUCCUCGAUCGAAUGCAGGGUGUCGAGUUCCGAGGAUUAGAGCUUCAGACUAACUUAGGAACUAAUAAUAAGUCUGGUCACCGACAAGACAACGGCUGUUCAAAACACGAGAUAGCCAAAAUCGCUUCUACGUUGAUAUUUACACAAAUAUUCAUAGCGUAUAAUUAAAUGUAGGUACGUAACCUCUAUUAAAAGACUGAGUUAUUAAGAACAAGAGGUUGACACAAAUGUGAAAAGAAUGCUACGAACCGUAAUGAAACAGCUUUUCAACUACUGCACGUUGUUACGUUGAAAAGCAUUUAUUGAUAACGAUGAAAUAACUACCAUUAAUCGGUGUACUCGGGAUAUUACGGGAAAUCUGCAAGUGUUGCAUUUGAGGGAGUCCGAGUGCUGAAGUCCGAGGCAGAUUUAAUAUUGCUGCGCGCAGGCAAGUUUAAAAACUAUAUGAUUUAAAUUUUUUCUGGCGGCACUUUUGUGCCACACAAGGUGAACGAUUUUUAUAAAGUUGGACUUACCUUACUCCCUUUUUUUACCUUGGUAGGUUUAUUCGACAAGUAGGAAGUCCAACAAUGUCAUACGGUUUGCGCUCUGCAUCGUUUUUGUCUUGGCAUUUACUGGAAGAGGAAACUGUCGCGGCACAUAAAAAAGAUUGUGCUAAGGCCGAUCGGGCAGUAAAUGGUGCACUUGCGAAGAAGAUAUUUUUUCUUACCACUAAAGUUGUUCCUGUUGGCUCAAGUUAGUUGUUGCACGCUCAAUUCUUAACUGGGAAUACAAGGAGCACAAUAAACAAUUUUGAAAAUGCUAUGGAUCUGCCGUUUUAAAAAAGCGUCAUCUCUGCCUAAUUAAAUAAAAGAUGACCACAUAAAUUGUAUUACAGGGUUUUCGUGGGAAGGGUUUUAAGCAAAAUAUUUUCAUUAAAUUAAAGUAAAAAACUGCUAGUCUGGGAAGACAUUACAAAAAAAGUUUAACGGUAAACCGUUAAUCUCAAAUAUAAUUGCUAAGGAAUACUGCCUUAAUAAAUUUUGUUGUGAGCUUCCUUGUAAUCUUGCUCUUAUCUUUGCCGUCUAUCUGGCGUCUUUGUAAUUAGUGUUGCUGUGGCUACUUUAUGAAGCUGUCAUUUUCUUUUUUUGCAGGCAUUCGCAGGCGAAACACAGAAUAUUUCAAUAACGAGGAAAGAGAGGUAUCAAAAAGCAAAAUGGCUUUGCAAUAACAUAAAUUUUCUCGAUUUUUAUAAAUGAUUUACUGUGGUUAAAAAGACGAGAUGAGGAGAUUUCUUUUAGUAGAGAACGAAAUUGGUAUUAUCAAGGGAAAACUGAAUGAAGUGCGUCUUCCACAUCUCGACUGAAAAACAUUAACCCCCUCCCUCCCCCACCUGAAAUUCCUGUUCUUUUCUUCCGGCUGCGGCAGUCAAGCGCCUCUGUGUGGUUACUGGAUUACAGGAGGGGUUGUGUAUUAAAGACGUUAGCUGGGAUGUGCAGUCCUCUUCCGUUUAGAAUAUCUUCGUCAUCGUGAAAACCCCCUUUCGCACAAAAAGUUAAUUAAGGGGGGGAGGGGGGUUGCGAGCCCUGCUGGCCUCUCCCUCUGUGCGGGACCUGUAUGGUUCGGCAUGAUAAACGUUCCCUAUUUUAUUUUGGACACCGUCAGAAGCAAGGACACUAGACGAAACCGAGUGUUCCAUGUAUUUGCCAGACAGUGAAUGAGACGACGACAAAGAUGAGUCGGAAACUAAAGCAAACGCAUUGGGGGCCCUCAAUUGCUUUCUGGUGUCAACUGGAAAGGAACCUUCUCCCUGCACCCACAAGUUCCAUGGGAAACCGCAAGCAAAAAACCCCAACCUUUUUAUGUUUCCAAGGUUAAGGAAGUUAUUACCGAAACUGUUCACACCUUAGCGCCAAAUCAUACAGAUAACCUUUUAAAAGCAACAUUAAACUCCAUUACAGCAGGAGAAAUCAACGAUCAAACGCUUAGUGUAAACACAGGUAUUCUUAUGGAAGUGGUCGAAAGCUAUAAUGAACUGUCUGAUCCAGAAAAGAGAAGGCAAGUUCUGAUUAUAAUUGCCGAUAUACUACCAUUUAAACGGCUACAAGAAUUGAUCCCAGAAGUAACCAGACGUACAUCAAGUGACUCAAGCGAAAAAGCAUAAAGAACAAUUCGGCUUCUGCCCCAGUAAGCUCUGGCCUUCCAAGAGAACGAGUUGAGUCUAGUAAAGUUGAUCACGUUAUAGAUUUUAUUACGAGCGGUCAUGUUAUUCAGGAUUUGCCAUUUGGGAAAAAAGAACAUUAAGAUGGAAAACGGAGAAACAAUUGAGAUUCCGAAUGUCAGUCGGCUAAUGAUUCCCAGCCGUGUUGUUGAACAGUAUAAUACUUUCUGCAAAGAGCAGGAAUUUGAGCCAUUAAGCAAACGAACCCUUCUUAGAAAGUCCACUUUAUGCCCGGCCUCAGAAAGAAAAUGUCUUCAGGGUCUCGACUAUUACGUUGCCGAUGGUGGAAAAGCCUUUGAUGAACUUUUAGUUGUCAUUGAGAAAUUUGAAUUACAAGGUUUGAAGAAGAAUCCUGUGAUUUGAAGCAUACCCUCAGGAAAGGAAAGCAAUACCUCAAGGGUGAAUACAAGGUAAAAGCAUUACUAGCAGGCUCCCCGACCGCGCGGGUGCGCCUGAUGGGAGGGAAAAUUAUAUAAAUAUCGUUAAGUGUACUACUGACGACUGGAUCCAAAGUGGCUAGAAUCAUAAAGCAUCAGAGUUAGAUGAACUCGUGCAGGAGUAACAGAUAACGGCAACUGAAAAAUAUGUAGCCCCCAGCUGAUGUAGAUGUCAAAAAAUUAAAUGGUCGUACAAUCCAAUAAAAAGAUCUACUUAGGAAGAUGAAACAAUGUUCAUGGCAAAGUGGUUAAUUUUUUAGCCCCUUCAGUUUCCAUUAAAAAACCUUAAGACUUUCUCAAAGUCUUUUAUCAUAUUUUAUUAUUUUUUGGGUUGUUAGAACCGGUUUAACGGUCGGCCUUUUGUCGCUUCGGUAUUGCGACCUCUUAAUAUGGGCACCUUCCAUCGUCAGGAGUUGAGGACCUGACGUGAAACAGGUCUAAAAAAAUCUGUCUGUUCCCAAAGUUGCCCCUCUGAUUGUAUAUUAUAUAUCUCAACUGGUGAGAUAUGCUAGAAUUUGCACGUCCAAAGUUGACUUCAUCAAUAGACUCCGUGGGCUUUCAUUACGACUCAGACAGCAAGGCUUUGAAACCAAUCUACUUCAGAAAUCAUUUAAUAAAUUCUUCAGUCGCCAUGGUCUUAUCGUCGAGAAGUAUGGUGCAGCCCUGCGGGAGAUGAGAUUAGCAAUCCAGGCUUGAAUUGCACCAUCGUAUCCUUACAUUACUUAUUUAUUGCAUAUUGUUGUAUCUCAGUUGUAUCUCGGUACGUGUGCGCGUACAAUUUUAUUUUGAGCACGCGCAUGAUUUGUUUAUUUAUCUAAUUGACGUGUACAUUUAGUUCGUUUAUUAACGUCUUAAUUUUACUUUGCGUUAUUUUCCUCACUUAUACAUUGUCCGUGACUGUGCUCACAUGGUGGGUGGCUCCUCCUAAAAUGUUCUGCAAUUGGUAUAGGAUUUAAUGGAGUCGAAACCAAUUGUGGAAUUGUACGCAUUUUAGGCAUCCUACUGAUGAACAGUUGCGACACGUAGAUAUAUAUAUUUUUAGCAACUAAGAUAAUUUGCAGUCUGUCUACUUUGAAUAGUGCGGUUCAGCUUAAAAUAUUGAAGGCAACAUUCGCGCGUAUUAAAACAAAACAAAUGAAAGGAGGGCGUUGUUCCCGUCAGUUUCCUUAAUAUCUGCAACAGUGAUAAAACAACAACUUACGUUCGCAGAAUUAGGUACCCCGUCAAGCAUUAACAUACAUUUCUAAUCGGAAGUCUCUCUUUCUUUUAACUGCAUAAAAUAACAGAAAUGAUUUUAUAUCUUGUAUGGGUAGGUCCACAUUAGUCAAACAAAUUCCGUUGUUGAUCACUGUAGAAAUUUUGCUCCGAGUGAUCCAAAUACUGCAGAGUUCCAUGCACCGUGCCGUGACCACAACCAUGACCUCCUCUGCAGUAAACGCGAAAGACUGAGUGGGCAGGUGCGUAACUUACGAGUAUUACCUUUUGAUUCUACCUAAGUGGCAUAUGAAGUCACUCAAUGCUUGUCAGUCUUCAAGCAUUCGAAAAAUUGGCGUUUUUAUAAGAUAUUUCUCGAUAUUUUCUUUUUUACAGAAGUGUUCAGUUUUAUUUGUAGGUUUUAGAGAACGGUCAUUCAAACUAAAGUGACAAACACCCCCUUUCCAACUGAGGAAGAAAGAGAUGACAAUCUUUUCGUGGUACAAAACGCUAUUGAAGCUAUACAAGUAUGGAAAUCACAUCGCAUUAGAAUGGUUAACCAAGAUGAAUGCCGCUUGAAAAUUAUUGAAAGCUUAUCUGAAAAUACCGUACUUAUUGUGCAGGACUUUGCCAUGAAAUUUUUGCCAGCUGAGUACAGGGAGGCACGGCCAGACUUUUUUGGAAAACUGGGAAUAUCAUGGCACAUCUCAGUAUGUCUAAGAAAGCGAAAAGACAAUCUUGAGGCUCAAACCCUUACGCAUAUUCUGGAGUCAGGGCUUCAAGGUAGCACUGCCGUGGUAUCCAAGAUGGAGCAAGAUGUCUUAAAGAGUUAAAAAAAAAAAAACAGCAUCCUGAAUUAACUGAUGUGUAUUUUCGACAAGUUAACACAAUUCUAAGUUGCAACGCCCUUAGUCAGAAGACCGGGAUCCGGGUCAGGCACUGUAGACUUUAGUGACCCACAGGGGGGGGAAGGGAGCCUGUGA